AUGGUGAAGAGAAGUAAAAAGAGUAAGAGCAAGAGAGUAUCGUUGAAGCAGAAGUACAAGGUCAUACGGAAGGUGAAGGAGCACCAUAAAAAGAAGGCGAAAGACGCCAAGAAGCGGGGCUUGAACCGCAAGCCCAAGGUCGAGAAGGACCCUGGUAUUCCCAAUGACUGGCCCUUCAAGGAACAAGAGCUUAAGGCUCUCGAAGCUCGUCGAGCUAAGGCUCUCGAGGAAUUGGAGGCAAAAAAAGCCGCUCGCAAAGAGAGGGCUCAAAAGAGAAAGUUGGGAUUAACAGAGGACGGUGACAUCUCGAAUUUGGCUGACACCGUUUCUGUGAAAGAACAGAAAUUUGGUGAGAGAAGAGUUAAUAAGGAUUCUACUGGAAUCCCUAAGAGUAGGGUUUGUAGUUUAAGUACAGAUAACUCGGACAGGGCUUUCUACAAAGAGUUGGUGAAAGUCACUGAAGCAUCAGAUGUCGUGUUGGAAGUGCUUGAUGCUCGAGAUCCUCUUGGUACCCGAUGUGUUGAUAUGGAAAAAAUGGUGAUGAAAGCCGGUCCUGAUAAGCAUCUUGUGUUGCUCCUCAACAAGAUCGACCUUGUCCCUCGGGAAGCUGCUGAAAAGUGGCUCACGUAUCUUAGGGAGGAAUUACCAACAAUUGCAUUCAAGUGCAGCACCCAAGAGCAGAAGUCAAACCUGGGGUGGAAAUCUGCCUCAAAGGCUGCAAAACCAAGCAAUCUUCUGCAAACUAGCGAUUGCCUUGGAGCUGAAACUCUGAUUAAAUUACUGAAGAAUUACUCAAGAAGCCAUGAU